AUGUUUCCGGGUGUCAGUGAGUUCAAAACCGGCGACCCCUCCAACACGGUCUUUGACGACGCUGCUCUGGACUUCUACGAUGGACGUCUUUACUGCUCUACGUGCCAUCAGAACCAACAGGCGAUAAUCCCCAGACGCAUCCUCGACAGUUGGGACUUUUCGAAGAAACCGGGUAGGUACCCACUGUUCUUCGCUUCUUACGUUCCUGACGUACCCCCUCCACCCCAGAGGUCUCCCUUUGUCAACUUUCUGCCUUAA